GGACAUAGAGCCCCCAUCUCAUCACUUCGUGCAAUACAGGCUCAGAAAAACAACAGGCCCCUACCCUGGAAUUGAGGGACACUCUAGAUGUAGGAAGUCAGAUGUAGUUUGACUCUUUGACACCAUGGGAACAAGAAUCCUCCAAAUGCAAUAAAAGAAUCAGGCCAGGAAAGGAAAAGAGCCAAGAGAUGAGACUGAGGUCCCCUCCUGGGCUCCAACUUGCUGCUGCUUCUUGAGUUCCAAACAUGAUCCUCCAGGUCACCUGGGAGCGUGGGUUCCCAGCCUCAGCCCCUCUCAUGAAACCAUGAAGUCUUGAGUAACAUCCCAUAUCAUGUUUUUCUUUGUUUAACUUGUCGACCAAAUAGCUUAACUGUCCCACCUGCUAAUGUGAUUGGCAAUUAUUUACUUUGGAGAGCCCUGAAAGACACUACCAGAUUGCAGAAUUCUUAAUUAUCUAGAUACUCAUCAUCCAAUCGUAAGUUUCCUGAUUCCCAUGCUAUAAAAGAGGCUGGCUGCUUGGCAGAAGUGGGAAGGAGAGAGAAGAGGAGACCGGAACAGCUGCUGAGACCUCUGAGACGCCCAGAUACCAGGAGACAAGAUGUUUCAAAUUGGGGGCCUCCUUGUGUUCUGUGGGCUGUUGGCCCAGACCACAGCCCAGCUUGCAGGCCUGCCCUUGCCCCUGAACCAGGCCCUGCCCUUGGCUGUAACUCCAGCCCUGCCCUCAAGUCCCACAGAUCUCGCUGGGAGCUUGACAGGUGCUCUCAGCAGUAGCCUGCUUUCUGGGGGUCUGUUGGACAUUCUGGAAAACCUUCCACUCUUGGACAUCGUGAAGACAGCAGGAGGUACUUCCAGUGGUCUGCUUGGGGGCCUGCUUGGAAAAGUGACUUCAGUGAUCCCUGGCCUGAACAACCUCAUUGAUAUAAAGGUCACCAAUCCCCAGCUGCUGGAACUUGGCCUUGUGCAGAGCCCUGAUGGUCAUCGUCUCUAUGUCACCAUCCCUCUGGGCAUGGACCUCAAUGUGAAUACGCAGCUGGUUGGAAGUCUGUUGAAGCUGGCUGUGAAGCUCAACCUCACUGUGGAAAUCUUAGCUGUGAAAGAUGAGCAGCAGAAAAUUCACUUGGUCCUUGGUGACUGCACCCACUCCCCUGGCAGCCUACGAGUCUCCGUGCUUGAUGGACUCAACCCCCUCCCCAUUCAAAGCCUUCUCGACAGCCUCACGGGGAUCUUGAAUAAAGUCCUUCCUGAGCUGGUGCAGGGCAAGGUGUGCCCUCUGGUCAAUGGGGUUCUCAGCCGCUUGGAUGUCACCCUGGUGCAUGACAUUGCUGAUAUUCUAAUCCACGGACUAGAAUUUGUCAUCAAGGUCUAAGCUUUCCAGGAAGGGAGCUGGCCCCUGCUGAGCUGAACAUUUCUGGCUGCUCGAUCUAUUACCUGCUGUCCAGCUUCCCAGAGCUCACAGAAGACUGGUCCAUGUGCCAAAAAAUGCAUGGCUGCCUUCUAUCCAAGGAACCUACUCCCCCUGCUUUCCCAUCAGGCAUGUAUAACA